AUGGAAAAUGUUGAAGAAUCUGGAGUUCUCAGGUAAUUUUUCUAAAAUUCUAAUUUUUCAAAUUCAUCUAUAUUUUCAGAGCUUAUUGUUGCGGCUGUAGAAAAUGUAGUGUAAAAUUGAAUUGGGGAGGUGAAAUCAUCACCACAUCUUCACCACAAGUUGCUGCUGGAUUUUAUCGUGCGAUUCGCAAAGAUUUGAGAUUUUCCAAAAUCCAUUUGGCACUUUGGGCAAACGAAGCAUCGACAAGAACUCAAGAUAAAGUAAAUGCGAUCAAAGCAUUUCAUAUGUGCCCAAUUAUUCUUGGAUUUCUGAAUCAAUAUCAAGAUUGGCAAAAAGCUGUAGAAAUUGUAAAAGAGGAAGUCAAAGAACCACAAAAGGUGACUAUUUUUUUCUUGGAAUUUUUUUGUUGAACAGAUUUUUUCUUUCAGAUUCUUGUUUUGGUUCAAAAUUGGAAUGGGCAAAGACAAUCUAUUGAAUUAUAUUACAAUGCUUUCAUCGGAACUCUUCGUUCAAAAAUGCUCGAAGUUUUUGGCGAUGGAUAUAAUGCAAAUAAAGCAAUUUAUUUUGGAACCCAAAGAUUGGAGUAUUUGAAAAGCUUGGAUUUUUAUUCAGUGAGUACCUUUAAGAAAAAUUUUUAGUAUUUCAAGAAACAAUUUUUAUUUUCAGAUUGUCCAUGGAUCGAUUUUGAAGGUUCAAUAA